GAAAAAGGGAGCUGCUUCUCCUUUCUCGUUUCCCUCCUUCUCACGCGUAGAAUUUCCUGUUUUCGUUCUUUUUGUUUCUCCUUGACGUGGGCAUUCAAUGACGCAGUCGGACGCAGCACCCUCAGGGGCCACCAACAAAGGAGCCUGGGAAGCUCUCAAAGAGCAAGGCAACCAGUCCUUCAAGACCGGCGCCUAUCUGGAGGCGAUUCAACACUAUAGCGCCGCCAUCGAGGCGAACCCCGUAGAGGCAGUCUUGUAUUCUAACCGUAGCGCUGCGUACCUCAAGAAGGGGCAGUACCAGCAGGCCGCUGCCGAUGCAGAAAAGGCCGUUGAAAUCGAUAAUACCUUUGCCAAGGUGUACUCUCGGCUGCACAACGCCCUGUGCAACCUUGGCAAGUUUGACCGCGCCAUUGAGAUGCUCAAGGCCGGUGUAGCAGCGGUCUCCGCAUCUCCGAGAGCAACGCCACAGGACACGAAGCACCUGCGAGAACUGCUGAUGAGUGCCGAGCAGGCGUCAAAAGCGGUGCCGCGUGGCCGCCAGCUCAUUGAGGAGGGCGCGAUGGCGGCUGCGGGCCGCACGUUGGCCCCGGCGUACCGCGAGUUCCCCGACUGCGCCGUGUUGGCGUUUCUCUACGCCGAAUCGCACGCAGCCUCCUCGCCAGAUGAGGCCUCCAAGGUGCUUUCGCCUUUUGCGUACGCCCACAGCAGCGACCCGCACUACCUGUACCUGCGCGCGCUCGUGUUGUACUACCGCGGGCAGGACGGCUUCUCGAGUGCGCAAAACAUCCUGCGCGAGACGCUGCAGAUGGACCCCGACAACGCCGAGGCACGCGUGCUACUGAAGAAAAUACGCGCCGUCGAGGCACACAAGGACGCCGGCAACAACGCCUUCAAAAACAAGAACGCGAAAGAGGCGGUGGACGCGUACACCCUGGCCAUCGACUGCGACCCCGCCAACUCGCGCAUGAAUGCGACGUUGCGCAGCAACCGCGCUGCAGCGAAGAUGCUGCUGAACGACUUUAAAGGUGCUCUACUAGACUGCGACUACGCCAUAAACAACGGCGCGACGUCGGCGAAGGUGUACGCCCGCCGCAGUCGCAUUCAGGAGCAACUAGAGAGGUUCGAAGACGCGGUCCGCGACCUGCAGCAGGCGGCGGAGAUGGACAAGCAGUUCGAGGGAGAGCUGCGCCAACUGAAGGGGCGGGCCAAGCGGGCAAAGCGCAAGGACUACUACAAGGUGCUGAGUCUGCCGCAGAAAGAGUCCAACCAGGACGUCAUCAAGCGUUCUUACAAGAAGGCGUGCUUGCAGUGGCACCCCGACAAGUGGGCCAACGCGAGCGAGGAGGAGAAGUCGCACGCGGAGGUGCAGUUCAAGGAGAUUGGCGAGGCCUUCGGCGUCUUGUCCGACCCACAGAAGAAGCGCCUGUACGACUCCGGGCAAAUGGACAACGACGUCGAGGGUGCCAACAUGGGCAGCGGCGGCUUCGGUGGCGCCAGCCAGGAGGACUUUGUGAACGUGAUGAACAUGAUGUUUGGCGGCGGCGGCGGCGGCUUCCACUCCGGCGGCUUCUCGUCUAACGGAUUCCAUGCCGGCGGCUUCCAGCCCGGGGGGUUUGGUGGGAUGCCUGGCUCGGCUGGUGGCCGUCGACGUCCGCGCGGUGGACCCCCAUCGGGUUUCUACCAGUUUUAG